GAAAUUAAAUUUAGUUACAAACAAACAAGAUAUCCAAUUUCAUGACAGUUUGUACUAAUGGACAAGUUAUAUUGGAAGAAAAAUAUCAACGCUGCAGAUUCACUAGAUCAGAAAUCAACCAGAAUUAUAUCCUUUAGUAUAUGAAGGGAUCAAAGCCCCGCUUCCGGUUGGUUGGAAACCUUGUAUGAAUACCGAUGGGGAUAUAUACUACUUCAAUUUUUUCACAGGUCAAUCUACGUGGGACCAUCCUUGUGAUGUUUAUUAUAAGAAUAUGGUAUUAGAAUAUAGAAAAGAUAAAAGCUGCACGAACGUCACUGAUAGAAAGCAAAAGUACUUUAAAAGAUCACUCCAUAAAAAGUCAUGUGAUCCUUGUCAUGGAAUUAAGCUACUCCACAUAGAAACAUAUAAUAAGCCAACCAGCAAUCAGACACAGAAUAAUGGUACUUCGAGGAGCAAUACUAGUCAUAUUCACAAUUUAAAGCUUUCUAAUAAACACCCAGUCUUCCAAAACUUAAGUGGCACGGAAAAUGAGCCUUUAGUUUACAAACCCAAGCAUUCUGAAAAUAACGACGGUCAAUUAAGGAAAAGCACAGGUGUUCAGUAUGAAUCAGCAUGUGAACUACAAGCAAUACCGUUCAAAGCGAAUACUGAGAACAGUAAAAAUCGGACAGAAUUGGCGCUGGUUAGUCAAGUUGAUGAAAACCUCCUGAACUUUUCAUUAUUAAGUAAUUCUGAAGACUUUACUAAUAGUAUGAUAUCAAAAACACCAAAUGUGACUAAAUCGUAUGGAUUUUCUGAAACAGUGCAAGAUGAAGUAAAAUCAGUCAACUGCUAUAAAACAAAAAUCAAACAGAAUACGUUAACAGGUUACCCGGUAUACGGACGACCGGAAAAAUCAAUGAAUAAUAAAAAUAUUGAUAACUGUGACAAGGAUAGUUCAGUUCAUAUGCAUAUUCAAACCAAAACAGGAUCAGACUGUAUGACAAAAUUAUCAAAGAAAAUGGAGCAAAAUCAUGAGGAAGUACUAGGAGCAAGUUACAAAUUAUGUUCAAUGCUAAAUGAACUAGUUAAUUGGUGUAGUGAAAUCGAAAAACGUCUAUAUGAUAUUGAUAGCAGAUAUAAGAUCACUUUUUGCAGGGAUAGAGUGUUAAUGGGAAAUAAUAAUCUACGCAUAUUUUUAGAACCGCGUGAAAUUAAUCAACAGGAUUACGUGAAUACUAGUCUAUAUAAUAAAGCUACAUGUAAUGAAUAUCCUUCAUAUAAUUCUAAUUUGUCGGUUAAUACAAAAAAUAAACGACCACAUUCUAGCGAUGAUUAUCUAUUGAGUAAAAAACACACCUGUAUGGAGACAAAAACAAAUGCCAUAAGUACAAACUCGUUAAUAUCUAAAACAAAUCACAUUGAAAACUUUGUUCCUAUCAGUAAUUCUAUAUCACAAAACCUAGUGAAACAUUCAUCAAUAGUCGACAUAUCCAAAUCAGGAUAUACUGUCACUAAUUGGAACAGAAUAUCUAGUGACUGGAAUACAGUAAGAACAAAACUAUACCAUGGGAAGUCUCUUUAUUCACCAAGAAACCUCCCGCAAAGCAUGAUAAAUCAACAACUUGAAGAUUAUUCGAGAUGGUUAGAACAAGCUGAAGCGUACAUGAAAACUUUACAGCCCGUCUGAAUAUUAUUCAAAUAUCAGCGUAAUUUCACUUGGAUUGUGUACAGCGAUUUCAACUUUGACACACAAUUUGAAAGAAAGUAUUACAGACAAUAAGACCGAAACUUUGAAUAUUAAGUGCUUCGAGAAAAUUACAGUUAAAUUCAGGUGUUUGGUCAAAUGUUCAAUAAACUGUUGUAUAAUA